AUGACCACCUCCGUUGAAACAACCGCAUUGAUUGCGAGCCAACCUGCAAACUCCGGCAAGUCUCACAGCCUUGAAAGUGACAGAACACUAGCCGACGUAAAGCGACAAUUGCUGGACCUGAACGAGCAACUACGGCAGGCGCACAGGCACGACCCAACCACCAUCAACAGGAACAAUCAGACCGGCCCCUCCUCCAACAUGAAGCACAGCCGGACGCAAAGAGGCACUGGCCAAUCUGGCCACCCGGCAGUAUGCAGAAACUAUCUACGAGGCCGUACAUGCUUCAAGGGUAACAGAUGUCCCUAUUUUCACCCUCCCCACGCUCAAGCUCACAUAGCGACCACUGAUACCACCUUACCCGGAGCAGACAGUGAUCCACAUAAGCAGGUCGCCAAUGCAUUCUUCGCUUUCCACACCACUCCCACCAUCCCUCUUUUAAAAAGUGUGGAUCUAUCUAUCUAUCUAUCUAUCUAUCUAUCUAUCUAUCUAUCUAUCUAUCUCAAUAAGUCAUUGAACUUUCUUUCUUUCUUUUUUUUUCUCUCUCUAUCUCUCUCUCUCUCUCUCUCUCUCUCACUCAUACACUUAUAUAUAAUCCCCAGGCACUGA